CCUUCGUCUCAUCCAUCUUCAUCGUCGCCCCCAUCUCCCCUCGCAGUCGCCUCGCGCUCUCGUCGCGAAACCGCUAUGCAGGCCCUUCCGGCGACCGGGCAUUGACACCACAAAUAUCGCAUCUGUCGCCAUCAUGUUCCAUCGCCGGAAUAAGGUCUCGGCGCACGCGCCGGCUAUCAGACACAGUGGUCCACCCCAAGCGUCCGCGGCCGCGUCUUCAGCAGCCACCCUCGCAUUCCUAAGCAAUCAAAAAUCAAACCCGUCGCUCUCCGCGGCAGCUGCAGCCGCAGCCCUGCGUAGCAACCCGCAGUCACCCACCAAUGUCGCAAACGUGCAAACAAAGCGCCUGGAGCGCCGCGGAUCCGCCAGCAGUUCGCACGCAGGUGGAAGUCCGCAUCCGGCACUCGAGCGACGCGCGUCGCUGACGGAGCGGCAAUUGAGGUCGCCAUCGCCCGGUAGGAAGGCUGCCAGCGUCACCCGUGAAACUAGCACGCCGCCCAUCCCUCCUCUCCCCGCUGGCGUGGAACGAUCAGCUUCGGGCAGGGUAAGGUCGUCGAGCCUGGAACCCAAACCCUCACUCCGAGUAGAAUCACCUCCACCCACGAAGCCUGGCGGAAGAGGGGUCAGUCUGGACCGCAUAUCGACCCAGCCAACCUCGCCGAGGGCUUUGGCCUCUGCACCCACGCUGCCUGGAGUCAGCGAAUACGCUGAGCUGGCCCAACGCUCAUCCAUCAACUUUUCGCGGCCCAUGUCACCCGCUCCGAAGAGCCCCACGGCACCUGUUCAGACAGCAUCCCCAACACCAGGGGCGGGGAAGACGGGCUGGUUCGCUGGUCCGGUUGUGUCUACGGGACAGCCGAGAAAGUCGUCAGACUCGAUAACACCAACGUCUGCGGUAACAAUACCAGCACAUGAGGUAUCAGGCAUUCAGGUCGGCUUGCAGGGCGUGGCAGAUAAGCCGGUGAAGAAGAAGAAGAAGCGCCUCUCUGCGGGCGGGAACCAAGGCAGCCAUCUUAAGCUGGGCACCAUGGAUCUCACAGGCACAGCGGUGGAGCAAUCUCCCCGGGAGGUUGCUUCUCCUCAGUCAGCACAAGAACCCGGAAGCCCAACAACGGCGACGACGGCGUCUUACACCGCGAGCGAAAGUGGAAGAUCAUCCAUUGAUUCUGGCAGUGACGUCUCGUUUGCUCAUGGUGAUGGCCCGAAGACGCGCGCAGGGUCUCUUUUGGCGAGACAGCCGUCUUUGAUCGACGAAGCCCCGGAAUAUGAGGGUCAGCAUGAGCGUGCAAACACCCGGAAAAAGGUGGAAGGCAUGCCUCCGAAGCCUGCCCUUUCGACUGAUGCCCCGAAAGCUGUCGCGAUAACUGCACCGGAACCAAUUCCUGCACCAGUCAUUCAGCCGAUGGCUGAUGCACCAGCUGAUGCGGAUGGGUCAGCAAGUACUGGAAAGGCCUCGACGGGACACAGAGCCUUGUCAUCAAGCCCAACACGUUCCGCUCAUUUCUCUCCCAAGCCAGAGAUUCUCAAUGGGAUCAAACAUCAUCCGCCAGGUCGCUCCGUUUCACCCGCUAAGUCUGCGCUAAAGCACUCACCAUCAUCUUCCAUACGGACAGCUUCACCGGAUGUGCGUAUGGCCUCGGCGCCUUCCUCGGAAGUUGGCAGUGAAGCAGCAGGAAUCACCUCGUCGGCUGCCAGAAAGAAGGCGAAUAGAGUCAGCUUCGACGAGACACCCGUCAUCGUGACAGCUGGUCUGCAAAGCUCACGUUACGCAAGCCAAUCGCCGUCUAGGACGAGGGAUCCUUUAGACGACAACGAGGAGUUUAACGACAUCAUGGCUCCACGACCUGCGUUACCCAGCUUUGGAAGCGUAAGAGGCCGCAAGCUUGACGAUGAGCGGACUGGAAGUCCUGUGACGACGUCGAAGCCCUUGGGCCAUUCUUUAGAUCAUGGCCUCGGCGGUAUACUCGUUCACGACUUCGCAAGGAAAGGCUCCGGACAGCGUGACGAGAAUCUGCCGCUUGCACCCGAAGUUACCACCGUUGAGGGUACUGGCUAUGAAUCCGAUUCACAGUCCGAAAGCUCGGAUCGAAUGUCAUCAUUCGACACAUCACCAAGCAUUGCGACGCCAGAGCCGAUGUCGUCUGAGAAAGAUCCGGCGCCGAAGGGAAUCUCAGAGGCUGCAGAGAUGGCUCAGAUCUCACAUGAGCACGCGGCUUCCAACGGUACACCCGGAGCGCUGCUAGAGCAGUCUGCGGCACAGCAUUCGAUCGUUGACGUAAAGGAACCAUCUCCGAAAGCGCAGCGACAGGAAACCGAUUUGCAAACACAGCCAACAUCUACGAUCGCCUCUCCUACGAUAGUUGUGCAACCUGCAACACCAGCUGCAGACACUGAAGAAGAGAAGAAGGCAUUCAUAAUGCCGGGAUCGUUUCCUGCUGCUUGGGACGAUGAAAAUCUAGAGCCUGAGCCUACAAGGACUGCGAUGCCAGCGCAGGUGGAACAAGGGCCAAGCAGUACUGUUGCCACCCCGCAGCUCAGCCAUGGCGAGUCGGACACUGAAUCAGAUUCAAGCUCAAUAUGGAGCGAUGCCGAAGAAGAUCUGCCGUCAGGACCGGGCGGCUUCGCCAGCUUGAAUGCCAUUGUGGAUUCUCCGUCUCCUGUCGUGAAGUCUGAGCCUGUCCCUAGUCUUUCUCUGUCAAAACAUGCUCCACAAGCAUCCGAGGAUGAACUUCGGCGCGCAGAAGUUCCACCUUCACCAACGGCGGCUCAGUGGGAUGCAGCCACUGCGUAUUGGAGAAGCCUGAAUGAACAACAGAAGAAGGAGUUGGAGAGACAGGCCAUGCAAAGUUCGCAAGUCGAUGAGGUGCCGAGACCUGCUACUCCGACUCAUACGUUGGAGAAAUCUGGGCAAGAGCCAAAGUUGGAAUCUCCAAUUGCUUUCAUAAGCGAGGAGAGUCCCACUGCGCCCAGGCAGAAGAAGGAAACAAAGUUGCGCACGAGCAUGCGACAGAACCAGGCCAUGAGCAGUGAUGACGAUGCUCCGCGAAUGUUGAAAAAGACCAUGCGGAACAAUGUGCGAGAAAGUUCAGCGGCGGCCAAGGGUAGUGUCGGUGGUGAGCAGCGUGUGCUCAGAACUUCAAUGCGAGGAUCACCACCUCAGGUCAGGCCUGAUAGUACGCGUCGACACAGCAGCGGCUUGGAGAUGUCAAAAUGGAGCCAGGAAGGACAGAGUAGACCUGCGGAUGUUGCGCAGAACGGGCGUCCCAGAACAGCCGGUGGUGCUCCUGCAAACCCAAAGCCCGUCCUGAAGAAUGCACCUGGGGUGCCUCCUGCACCAACAUUGCGGAGACAAGGGUCUGAUGAGUCGGUCAGCUCGUUCAGGAGACAGCGUGUCAGCUCGCCUGCCCGACGCAACGGUGUCGUGACUAUGCGUAGGAGCAUGCGGAACACUGGCACAACAGUGCCAGUGGAGCAACGACCCCAGUCUCCGGUGACAAAGAUAAAGAAGGCUGGCAGAUUCAAUUUGAGAUCGCUGUCGCCUGUUGGGAGACAACCAAUGGAUAGCCCCAAAAUGAGACCUUCUAUGCGUACAAGCGGCUCCGAGGUUGGCACGUCACCUACUUCUUUGCGUACUCCGGAUUCGAAGAAGUCUCGUCUCAAGUCGCCAACGCGGCUGGGCUUCGGGAGAUCGAAAAAGCUAAAGGAGCAAGAAAUGCUAUCUACUUUACCCUCCUCAGACGUAACUGCGCCCUCUCUUCCUGCCAUCAAGUCACGAAUCCCCGCUGAUUCUGACUCUGACGACGAUGACGACCUCCCUCGAUCCACUUUCGUCAGUCGAUUCGCAGAUUCAGACGAUGAGUUGGACAACACGCAGCAGGGAAAGUCUCUGGCACCCGUGCGUGGCAUUCCCCGCAAGGCUGGAGAUGAUGAUGGAGACUCGACCGACCUGGAAGACAGCGACAAUGAACGCCCGAAGAAGAUUCCUCCAGUGCCCAGUUUAAAAGAUGUUGACACGGCCCACGGUAAAACAACUACCUUGACAAAUGGUAACAGGCCCAACUCAAUCCUGUCUUCUGGGUCAUUACGCAAAGGAGAAGCAGGGUUAGCGUCCAGCGUACAUGCACCAACUCCGGACCGUCCACGCCUACAGAAGCGACGUCUGAGCUGGCUUAGUAUCGGUAGUAACCGGCGCAGUAGUAGCGUUCCGCCGAUAAGCCUCGCAACACCGCCGACGCCUUCGCGUGACAAUGAUGUCGCCACCCAAAAGCCAAAACUAUUGCGUCGUUCGACACCGACCGGCCUUCCACUGAUCUCGGAGGACUCAAAUUGGCCACUCCCUAACGACGUCGGCAACGAUACGCGUCCCAGCACAGCAGAAGGUCCGGGCACGGCCCUUCGAUCCCGCACCAUGCGGCGACCAGACGUGGGUAAACGACGUUCAACAGCGGACUAUGUGGGCAGCGAACGAACUGCCGUGGAGGAGAGUGUGUACGGCGACGACCGUCCGCCGACAAUCAAGAAGGUGGGCUUUAGCUUCGACAAUACGGAGCCCGUGUACUCCAUCCGCACAGGACGAAAAAAGAAGUUUGGCGCGCUGAGAAAGAUGUUCAGGCUGAACGAUUAAGCGACACGAACGACUUCCUUUCUACACAUGUGUUUGUUCUAGCUUUUUGGUGAUUUAACACGGAGGCUUAACGAUGUCUCCUCAGUAUAAAAAUUGAUACCCGUAAGAUGGGGAGCAAAAAGAGAGGUUGGUACACGGCGAAAAAGAUCUGCAUUCUUUUCUUAUUUCACUUUGAAAUUCUUCUGUACAUCCUUUGGAUAUUCGGUGCUGCUCCUAGCCAUUAAAAGUAGGCUGGUUGAGCAGAUGAGUCCAGAUAUAUACCGUAAAAGAAUAACUCUAGGGCAGCCUGCUUUGAGGAGCAGAUAUUUUCUAAUAGUAAUCCACAUCGUGGCAAGAGUCGGUG